AUGCAUCAACCUAAUAUCAUUAACUGGGAUCUAUUCGCUACGCUAGCCGGCUUUUGGGAAGAUUCCGCAAUGGACAAUAUCGACGAGGAAUAUGACUGGCUCGUUGAACACCUUCACGACUGCACGAAGAAGGCUGAGAGAUUUAAAACCACGAAGAGACACCUAAAGGCGAUAAAGGAAGACCUUAAAGAGGGAAGAGCAGAAGUGCUGGCUGAAGCUGCAGAGGCGAGGAGAAGCAUCCGCUAUGCCCGCAGAGACUUCGCCAGUCGCAAGACGAGGAUGACUGCUCUCCGGAACCCAGAGGGAACAACCAUUGCAUCGAGAAGGGAAAUGGAGGAAAUCAUGUACGACUUUUUCUUUGAUCUCUGUGGAAGAUCAGCAAGACCGAUUGAAAAAGUCUUGGAUGAAGGACAGCAAUGCGAGCAAGCAGGGUUUCGAAAAGGAUUCAGCAGGAUUAACCACAUCCACACUGUUUCGAAGCUCAUCGAGGUAUCACGAGAGUACAAGAUGCCGCUCUGUCUCACCUUCAUCGACCUGAAGAAGGCCUUCGACUCAGUAGAGACGGAAGCAGUCGAGGAAGCCUUGGACAACCAAGGCGUCCCUACUCAGUUCAUAAAGGGUGAUACAAUUUCACCCAAAAUAUUCACAGCCACCCUCGAGAACGCAAUGCGAAAGUUGAAAUGGGACGACAUGGGAGUGAAGGUUGAUGGUCGGCAGCUACACCAUUUGCGCUUUGCUGAUGAAAUCGUACUGAUAACACCUAACAUCAGCCAAGCAGAACGAAUGCUGACCGAUUUCGACGAAAUAUGUGGAUGCAUCGGUCUACAAAAGAAGACGUUCAUGCGGAACGGAUGGGUCUCGGAUGCCCUAUUCACGAUCAACGGAACGAACAUAUCCGAAUCCACCAGCUACGUUUAUCUGGGUCGGAAAUUGAACAUGAAAAGCGACCUGACCCCCGAGCUGGACAGGAGGAGACGAGCGGUUUGGGGAGCGUACAAGAGCAUCGAGGAUGUAGUGAAGAAGACCAGGAACACCCAGCUCCAAGCUCACCUCUUCAAUACCACCGUACUUCCUGCUUUGACCUAUGCUUCGGGAAGCUGGGCAUUUUGCAAGCAGGAAGAAAACGCGGUGAGCGUCAUUGAACGCGCAAUUGAGAGAGUGAUGCUAGGAGUAUCCCGUUUCACGCAAGUGAGGGACGGGAUUCGAAGUUAUCUCCUGUGUCACCGAUCGAGAUUAGAGACGCCGUCGCGUUUGCCAAGGAAAGUAGAAUAA